AUGCCUACUGCUGUCGUUACAGGGGCAAACUCCGGGAUCGCCCAUGCGUUUGCCACAAUACUGUGCGAUGAGGGCUACACGGUUUACGCUGUCGACCGGAAUCAAGGAGAUGGACUCCAGACCCUGAAGGCUAAGACGGCUCUCGUUUCAGAAGUUGAUGUGACUUCGCCCGAGUCGAUUCAAAAGUUCAAGGACUCUCUCGGUGACACGACAGUUGACCUCUUGCUCAACAUUGCAGGUGUUGCCGCCGCCAAUGAAGACGACAGUCUUACAACGAGCAAUCUGCAAGUCUUCCAAAGGACGUUUGCGGUCAACACUUUUGGGGUCUUCCUUCUUACACAGGCGCUGUUGCCCAACGUCCUGAAGGCCUCCAAGCCAAAAAUCGGUAUUGUUUCGAGCCGCGUGGGCUCAAUGGGCGACAACAGUUCUGGCGGACAUUAUGCCUAUCGCUCUUCCAAGGCCGCUGUCAACUCGAUUGGCAAAAGCAUGGCGAUGGACCUGAAAGAUAAGGGCGUUACAGUCAUGCUGUUGCAUCCUGGAUAUGUCAGGACAAAUUUGUUGCCGACUGCGAAGAUGCCCCCAGAGACAGUAGAACCAGAUGAGGCGGCGAGAAAGCUGUGGGAGAAUAUUGUCAGCAAGAAGACAGUUGAAGACACGGGCAAGUUUUGGCACCGCGAGGGAUACGAGCUGCCAUGGUGA